CUGUUGUCAUUGGUCUAUCAACCGGUGACACACAGUGGGAGGUUCCCGGAAAAAUCUCUAACCGGAAGGGAAGGCCAGAGCCCAAGAAGAAGAAGAAGAAGGAGAAGAGCCGCCGAUGAGCCCAGCGAAAGAAGAAAAAGUAAUCUCCUACUGGUGAGGCCUCUUCUUCCAUCCGACCUGCCCGACCAGAACCAGCUCAUCCUCCAUCCCUCUGCACCAAACCCAGCCCGGAACUUUACCGCUCGUCCUCUUCCCCCGGCUCCUUCCCUCCUCUUUGUUCUGAUCGCUGCGACAUGGCAGGGCGAGGCGGACCAGCUCGGACCAACGGCACGGCGGCGAGCAACAAGAUCUGCCAGUUCAAGCUGGUGCUGCUGGGAGAGUCAGCGGUGGGGAAGUCCAGCCUGGUGCUGCGCUUCGUCAAAGGCCAGUUCCACGAGUACCAGGAGAGCACCAUCGGAGCUGCCUUCCUCACACAGACGGUAUGUUUGGACGACACAACGGUGAAGUUUGAGAUCUGGGACACUGCGGGACAAGAACGGUAUCACAGCUUGGCGCCGAUGUACUACAGAGGAGCUCAGGCUGCCAUCGUGGUUUAUGAUAUCACCAACACAGACACAUUCACACGUGCAAAGAACUGGGUGAAGGAGCUGCAGCGACAAGCCAGCCCCAACAUUGUUAUCGCACUGGCAGGGAACAAAGCCGACCUGGCCAACAAGAGAGCUGUAGAUUUCCAGGAAGCACAAACGUAUGCAGAUGACAACAGUUUGCUCUUCAUGGAAACCUCAGCCAAGACCGCAAUGAAUGUCAACGAGAUUUUUAUGGCCAUAGCCAAGAAGCUUCCCAAGAACGAGCCUCAGGGUGCAGCCGGCACCGGCGGCCGGGCCCGAGGCGGCGUGGACCUGCAGGAGGCGGCGCCGCAGAGCAGGAGCAGCGCGUGCUGCGGGGGCGGGAACUAACAACGCCACCACCAAUCAGCUGCUCCGAUCAACCAGACCAGAUAUCAGCCAGCCAGCCAUCAAACCGACCGGCCGGACCAACAACCCCACCAAUACGAGCACCAAUUAACUGUUUGGCAAACGAGUCGACUCCUGGACGGGUCGGAAACCCAGAAUCCAACACAUUCGCAGAAUCCUAUUUUAAGCCCAGGACUCGCUGACCUAUUGAUGAUGGACACUUGACGUCACCUUUAGGGGGAAGAAGGAAAAAAAAAAAGAUCAGUCAUUAGCAAUGGCACUCACUCACCUUUGUGUCUGUAUUUGUGUAGAAAAAAAAGAUUAAUGCAACAAGAAGGAAUUUAAAAAAGAACCGGCUCCAUCUCGCUUUUUCAGAUGCGCCGUUAAAUCCAGGUGCACGUUUCACUUUUCUGUGUGGGAAAGAAGAUUGAAGGUUUCCACCAGGACAGAUGUUUCCUUCUUGGUAGAGCUGUGUAGAUUGAAUUAUUACAUUAUUAUCGUUAUCACUAUCGUUCUUUCUUUCGACACGGGCUGGUCAGUGUGAUUUUAAAGCCUAAACUCUGAGGUUUUACGAUCAUCCAUCUUCCAGUAUGUUAUCAAAGCCGUAUCCAGUAAAUAGUACUUUAUUAACAUCGUCACCCGUAUGUAAUUUUUAGCAUUAAUGUAAUGAAUCAUCGGUGUAAAAAAGGCAAAGAUCUGUUUUCUCGACCAAAAUCACGUGUGGAAAACAUGCCGCUGUAUUUGUAACAGACUUUUCAAGUUUAUAAUCGAUCAGUAGUUCUUGUCAAAACUUCCCAAAUCUCCACACGAUGUUUCUGUCUACCUUAAUUAUGUUGUGAUGUUAUUAUUAUUUUUCUUUUUUUUAUGUCUUAAUUUUUUUUCUCUGGAGAUCUAAGGUAUUAAAUGCACUGGUUCCGUCUCAUCAUCUUUGUGAAUUUGAGAUGUUCUCCUCGGCUUCUUUUUUUCCUCUUUUCUGUCCUCUUUAUUUUUACUCGUCAUAUCAGGGAGGGGUCUUCUUUCGGCAUCAACAACUAGCACAACAGAACCCGCACAGCCGUCUUUGCCGUUUGGUGGGAGGAUAACGGGGAGGGGAGGGAUGCGGGUAGAGGAGGAAAAAUGUAAUUUUACGAAUAAACAAGGGGAAGGUA